GAAGACUCGGGCCUCCGGAUGCACAGUCGAACGUUGAUCACGAGCGCGAAUAAGCGGAACGCAAUAUUUCGAAAAUGAGAGGAGCCAGUGUCGUCUGUACUUUUGCGGUUUUGGUCGCGGUCGCGGCGCUCGUCGCCACCGACGCCCUGCCGAAGAACUAUGUCAACAAGGGCUUCGUUUUUUACGCGCCUGCUUCAAACUAUUCCCAAGAUAUGACAGCUGGAGCUCACGUUCCAGGGGAUUAUUUGUACUCGCGACAUAACGUUUACAAGAGGAACGUGUACAACCAGGUCGUAACUUACCAACAAGUCUUCAAUGUGACGGGAAACAACGUAAUUACUUUCAUGAGAGCGCACGAUCGCGCCUCGAACGGUGGCAGAGCCGUCCUCGUCAACGGCGGCCCUGGACUGAAAAGAGCGACGGUUCGGUUCACCAGCCAGCGGAGCCAGUCGGUCGACUUCGUGGUUGAAAUUUACGCGAGACGGCGUUGAAACUCGCAUCACCGGACAGCCAACGGGCGCGUAAAUUGGAAAAUCUUUCAGUUUGUUUUUCCGCAUUAAAUUAAUUGUUUUAUUGUCACGAGAAUUUUUGUCUUUUAAUAAAAUCAAGUUAAUGGGA